AAGGUCGUCGAGGCAAUCCUGCUGAGGAAAUUCCUCCAUCAGACAAUGUUUUUGAAUACAUAGUGUUUCGGGGUUCUGAUGUGAAGGAUUUGCACGUUUGCGAAGCCCCAGCCCAACAACAGUCAAUGCCACCUCAAGUUCCUAAUGAUCCUGCUAUUCUUGGGACUACUGCUCCACGACCUCCAAAUUUUCAAGGGUUUGCCCCACCACCACCGUUAGGUGUACAACCACCUCCUAACUUUCCUGGUGCUUCUUUGAAUCCUUUUUAUCUUCAACAGGUUGCUUCUUUUCAGCAACAACAGCAGUUUUGGCAGCAACCACAAGUUCCACAACCACAACAGCUUAAUAAUAUUACCGAAAGUCUUGCGAAAGAAGCUGAACAGCCAAAGUCACAGCAACAGAAAGAGCAUGGUACACCGGACAAAGUAGAAGACCAUAAAACGGAAAAGAAGACUUCAGUGACCAAAAAUUUCGUCAAGACGGGAAGUAGUUCCCGGUCAUCGGCACAAACAGCAAACUCUAGGAACGAAAGUGCAAUAGAAACGCCAUCAACGGCCAUGGCCGUGGAGAACUUGGCCAAAAAAGUCAGCGAAUUAAGUAUUACCACGAAAGAGGUUAAUGGAGAAAGAGGGGAAGUCGAGGUGGAUAUCGUGGUGGCCGUGGAAUCCGUGGCGGAUACACUAACAACUAUCGGGGGAAUAAUUUUAGGAAAUAAUGUGAAGCAAUAUACGUGUUAA